AUGCUUUGCGAGCUAUCCACCGAAAUGCAAACCUCCUCGGGAUAUGUGGCCGGACCGCGGCGAUUUUUAUUUUAUUUUAUGUGGUUAAGUAGUCAUCCUAAUCACCCCACAGAUUUGAGAAAUAGGCGUUUUCUGACCAACGUUUUAAAUUUGUCAGACGCCUCACAACGUGCUACUGAAUGCUAGCAGCUAGUUGCAGCAGCUCGCUUUGCAUACAGAACAAGUAGCAGCUACCUCGAGUAGCCUGCAGCUACAACUGAAACGAUUCGCAUAAUCUGGCUAAUAACUGCAUGAGGAGUGCCGGCUUGAAAUUGCCACAUUAAUUAUGCGACUGUUUGUUAGCGUAAAAUCGACCUGAAGCCGGCAUUCAGCCGAGAUAUUUGAUAGCCGUACUUCCGGUUUUUGUCGUCGGAGGUUUGAAAUGCAUUAUGGGAAACGGAGUAGUAUACUACAGUGUGAACGGUCGGCAUUCUAAUCAUACUUAUAGUACGUAGUAUACAGUAUAUACUCAUUGAGAAUGUAGUAUGUAGUACGUUAGUAUGCGAUUUCGGACACAGCCCAUGUUAUACAGUCAAGUCAAAAUGAGUCAUAGCAUCGCCAUUUUGUUUUUGCUAAGAUGAGUGCAGCCUCCACACCUGCAUCCCGGGUUCGCCCUGGAUGGACGUCGUCCUCUUUGAAGAACAAGGGUCUGUCCCCUGCAGCCUGCAGCACCCCACUGCUGACAGCCUUCCCUGGCAACGAUGACGAGCAGGAGCGUCGUCAGCGCAGGAGGUCAAGAGUCAUUGACCUUCAAAGUGCCACUGAUACCUCCUUCAGUGACUCUGCAUCUCAUAGUGCUGUGGGGACACCUGCUGCUGUGCCCAAGUUGUCAAAUGCACAGAUCUCAGAGCAUUACUCCACCUGCAUUAAACUCUCCACUGAAAACAAAAUCACCACCAAAAAUGCCUUUGGUCUUCAUCUGAUUGAUUACAUGGCUGAUAUUCUCAAGCAGAAGGAUUCUGAGCUCACUAACUUCAAGGUGGCGGCUGGCACUCUGGAUGCCAGUACUAAGAUCUAUGCUGUGAGAGUGGAUGCUGUUCAUGCUGAUGCCUACAGGGUGCUGGGUGGCCUCGGGGCUGAAACCAAACCUGAAGAGGACCAUUCUCCAAAAGAGGAGGAUGGAAAUGAUGACGGACUUGCAGGAAGUGAAGUGACUACCAAGCAGCCAAAGAAAAAGAGGCCCCCGAAGAGGACAGUGGAGCAGAACCUGAGCAACAUCAAUAGUGCAGAGUCUGAGAGGAGGUGUGAGGUGGACCCCAUGUUUCAGCGGAUGGCCUCGUCCUUCGAUGAGAGCAGCACAGCUGGUGUCUUCUUGUCGGUGCUCUUCAGUGAGAAUAGUUGCUGUGAGCUGCUGUUUCCCUCCCACAUGACCCUCUUGCAGUCCAGACCCUCCUACUGUCCUCCACCUCCACAGGGAGUCACCGCAUCCCCCUUCAUGGCUGGACUGCAGCGUUCACGGGAGAAAAGUUCCAUCUGCCCCUCACUGCAGGACUUCUCCUUCACUAGCUGGAAUCCUGAGCAGACCAUGAAUCAGCUCUUGGAGAAAAUGAAGCAGGGUGAACACGUGUUUGACAUGAAUGCUGAGCUAGAGCCUGAGCCAGAGGAAGAUGACUGUCCCGACUUUGAUGCCGACUAUGAAGAGGGACCAGGUGACUGUGAGGAGGGAUCCAAGGAGCACAAGGAGGGUUGUGAGGCCUCUGGUUCCAGCAAAGGAAGGGAUGUGAUUCCCAUUGGAGAGGGAGACAUCGCCACUAUGUGUCUGCAGCUGUCCUCUCAGCCCAGGGAGUAUUCAUACUUCAGCCCCAGGACAAUGGCCACAUGGGCUGGACCUGGAUACUGGCAGUUUAAACCUAAGCACAAGUUGGAUCAUUUGCCCGACAAGGAGACGCGUAAAAGAAAGCCCAAAAAGACGUUUGAAAUAGACUUCAAUGAUGAUGUCAACUUUGACACCUACUUCCGCACCACAAGGGCUGCCACCACUAACAGCAAGUCUGCCCUCAGUGCCAGCAACAAGAAAACAACUCUGCCAGCAGACUUCCAGUUUCCCCCAGAGACGCUCUCCCAGCUCAGCCUCAAACCCUCCAACUCGCUGAGUCAAGAAGGCCAAAACAGGCUGUCUGGAGAGCUUGGAGAAGGCAUCGGAGAUUAUGACUACAACAACGCCAACGACACAGCCAACUUCUGUCCAGGUCUUCAGCCAAAGACACAAGAAGAAAGGUACCGCAUGUGGAUUAAGCAGUGUGGGAGACCGCAUUAUCAGCUGAAUCCCUCCAAAAUCAGUAAGAACUCCUACGUCUGUUCUAAGGGAGGUGACAGUGAUGAUGAUGAUGUUGAAGGAUUUACCAGUUCAGAUGAUACACAGCCAUCAGGGGACUGUAUACCUCUGCCCUCACAAGACCUUGAGAGUAUAUCCACCUAUGGAGAGGAGGAUCUGGUGCCUGAGCCACACAGGGUUAAUACGAUUGAGAUCAACUAUGCCAAGACAGCAAAGAAAAUGGACAUGAAGAAACUCAAGAAUAGCAUGUGGACUCUUCUGACUGAAAGUCCAGAAAAACCCACAGAGGUGGCGGAGACUGUGGAGAAGCCAGAAGUGUGCGGGGAGAAAGUCUUUAGCCAGACCACAAAGACACUGCUUCAAAGAUUGCCAAACACUAUGGCUCAGAAUCUGUCGGUGCCGCUGGCAUUUGUUGCUCUGCUUCAUCUUGCCAAUGAAAAGAAUUUGGAGCUGGUGAAGGUUGAUGACAUGUCAGAUAUUAUCAUCAAACAAGGCCAAUGAGAAGAAACGUGUAUAGAAAAUCAUUGGUGUUCUUUUAUUUCAUUCUUUGCUUUUGUAACUUUCUUAAAUUUGUAUGUCUAUUGUUUCUCUGUGACACUCUCCUCUUCACAUUUUCUGCUUUUAUCCUUUUUUUUGUGCUGAUAAAAUGUUUAAAUGUGGUUGCUGCUUUUAUUCUCUAUAAUUAUAGCAAAGUUGUACUAUUGCCUGUCUUGUGUAGAUAAUUUAACUACUCAACCACCAUGCAAAAAAGUAUUUUGUCAAAAGAAAUAAAGUCUUUUUUUUUUUUUUUUAAUAUGUGUGUCGUAGAGGUUAAUGGCAAAAUGUCAGCCCCCUUUUUUUAAUGAUUCACAUUUCCAAGGAGGAAAUGUACAGUAUUUUACUCACUUGCAAAGGAUUGACAGGCAAAUUGUUUCCCGAAUGGACAUAAUAGCUCUGGUUAUUUUUAGCUGCUUGUGAUUCAGGGCAGCAGUUGUCAGACAUGACAGCAGAUAAUGAAUGGCAUUUAAACCCUGUCGCUGCCUCUCUGGAUAGAGGUGGAACCGGUUGGUCGAGACUGGAGCCGCUGGCUGGGUGGGACACAGUGUGACGCCGUGACACCAGUACACAAGAAGCUGCAAGACAGGGAGGAGUAGCUGAGCUGAUAGACUGAUUUUCAGUCCUGUGGUGUGAGGAGGGCUUGCUCUGUCCUACUGUCUCAAACUGCACUCACCACUGUCACUUUGUCAUAUGGAUCAUUACACUGAAAGAUCUUUAAGUGAGAUCUCCCACAUGGUUGUUCAUGUCUUCUAAUUAGACACAUUCAUGUAGGGAGCUGCAAAAGGCUGAUGGGCUCAGAUUUCAUAUUGCACUGUGGCUUGACUUCCUAGUGAUAGACUGAUCAGGUUUUGGACUUAUGUCAGAGAGGAGUGUCAAACGCAUUUCAGGUCUGGGGACACCUUCAGCCCAAUUUGAUCUUGGGCUGAAGGUGAGCCGCACUACUACAAUCGGAGCAUAAUGACCUCUGAAUCACCACAACUCCAAGUUUUCCCCCUUUGUUUUAGUGCAAAAAAGUACAUUCUGAAAUAUUCACAUUUAAGGAACUAUGAUUCUACAAAAUAUUCUGAACAAACUGAAAUUUAAGAAAAAUAAAUUAACAUUUUUAAUAACA